AACAGAGGAGAAGCGCAAAAUGGCGGCUGCUGCUGCACCAGCUGCUUCUCUACGGUCCAAGUCAUGCCUCACUCUCCGCUUCAUCUCCAUCUGCUCUAAAAUUCCAACAAAGCCUCGGGCUUUCCCGCCAGUCCCUCGUGGACAUUUCCCAUUUUCUUCGGCUAUUCCUCGGCGGGGAUGCUUCUCCUCCGUGAUUGCCAGGGCGCUCCACUCAGGGGAGACGACGAAAAUGGAAGCUUUGGAAAAGAAAGGAAGUGAAAUGGCGAGCAAAGUUGGGGAGUUUAGAAAAAAGCUGAAGAUUGCCGAUAUAAAGGGAGGGCCAGAUGAAGGGUUGAAUCGGGUCGGGCAGACGCUGGUGGUUGCGGGUUGGGUUCGAACCCUCAGGGCUCAAAGCAGCAUCACAUUCAUUGAGGUAAACGAUGGUUCAUGUCUCUCAAACAUGCAAUGUGUGAUGGACUCGGACGCAGAAGGUUAUGACCAGGUAGAAUCUGGCUUGAUUUCAACUGGUGCAUCUAUAUGGGUGCAAGGGGUAUUGGUAACUAGCCAAGGAUCAAAGCAGAAGGUGGAAUUGAAGGUUGACAAAAUCGUGGUGGUUGGCCAGUGUGAUCCUUCCUUUCCCAUUCAAAAGAAGAGAGUCAGCAGAGAGUUUUUGAGAAGUAAGGCUCAUCUUCGUCCUAGAACAAACACAUUUGGUGCAGUUGCGAGGGUGAGGAAUGCUUUGGCUUAUGCUACACAUAAGUUUUUUCAAGAAAAUGGGUUUGUCUGGAUCUCAAGUCCUAUUAUUACAGCUUCGGAUUGUGAGGGAGCAGGUGAACAGUUCUGCGUUACUACUUUGAUUCCCAGCUCCCAAGAAGCCGACCACUCUCCUGUGGAUGCCAUUCCAAAAACAGAGGAUGGAUUAGUUGAUUGGUCACAAGACUUUUUUGGGAAACCAGCGUUCUUGACGGUCUCUGGCCAACUUAAUGGCGAAACAUAUGCUACUGCUCUUUCAGAUGUGUAUACAUUUGGUCCCACAUUUCGGGCAGAAAAUUCUCACACAUCUAGGCACUUAGCUGAAUUUUGGAUGAUUGAACCAGAACUUGCAUUUGCCGAUCUGAAUGAUGACAUGGCCUGUGCAACUGCCUAUCUCCAGUAUGUAGUGAGACAUGUCCUUGAAAAUUGCAAAGAAGACAUGGACUUCUUCAACACCUGGAUUGAGAAAGGAAUCAUUGAUCGAUUGACCGAUGUGGUUGAGAAAGAUUUUGUUCAGUUAACUUAUACUGAGGCAAUCAAGCUUCUUCUAAGGGCGAAAAAGAAAUUUGAAUUUCCGGUGAAAUGGGGAUGUGAUUUGCAAAGUGAGCAUGAACGCUACAUAACUGAACAGGAAUUUAAUGGGUGCCCUGUUAUAAUCAGAGACUACCCAAAGGAAAUCAAGGCAUUCUAUAUGCGCCAAAAUGAUGAUGGGAACACUGUAGCAGCCAUGGAUAUGCUGGUACCUCGGGUUGGUGAGCUUAUUGGUGGAAGUCAAAGAGAAGACCGGCUUGACUAUCUGGAAAAUCGUUUAGAUGAGUUGAAGCUGAAUAGGGACAGCUACUGGUGGUACCUUGAUCUGCGUCGUUAUGGUUCAGUUCCUCACGCCGGCUUUGGACUGGGCUUUGAAAGACUGGUGCAGUUUGCAACUGGAAUUGAGAAUAUAAGAGAUGCAAUACCUUUUCCGCGAACACCAGGUUCAGCUGAAUUCUAGAGGUGGAUACAUACCAUGUUGGUUUUUUACAGUUCUUGAGGAGAUUUUUAUGUUACCUGUUGCUCUGUUUACGUUUAAUUUUUUCAAGUAAAGAAUUUCAAAUCCUAGUGAGCUGCUUUUAGCCAUUCCUUUUGUAAAGCAAUGUCGAAAUGAAAUAGUUCAAAUAAUAACUAAUAUUGUUG